AUGAAAUGCCAGAUGGCUAGAGAAAGCUGUUUGUGGAAUAAGCUUAAGUUUGGAAAGCAGAGAAUACCAUUAGCAAUGCCUGCUCAAGAGAUUACCAUGAAGGACGUUCGCUGGUACCGUGAAGGCAAUGUGCUUGAACAAGGAUGUGAUGGAUGUGAUGAAAAGAAGAUCAUGGUGGAUCUUGAAUCUAGAAAAUGCAAGUCUCGUAGAUGGUCUAGACCAAUUGAACUUGUUUUCAUUGCCUAUGCUAUCUUUCACUUAACAUUCAUAAUGGGGAGACAUUUGUAUCAUUAUCAAAAGGCAAGUAUUGACGAAGAACAUAGUUUGGCAUUGCCUCAGAAUUUCGUUUCAACUACUGCUUUCAACUUAGCGCAUGUUUGGAAUGAUGAUGUAAGUGUCAGUGUGGAUUCUAAAACUACCGAGCCAGUUGAAGUUUUCCAAGUCGGUUAUCCCGGUGGAGGUGCUUCUGCUUCUUAUGGUCCUGUUGUUGCUACUAGUGUCUUGGUUAACGAAACAUUUGGUGAUAGUUACAACAAGCCUAGCGUUGUAACUAUUGGUGCGCCAGAAGUUGACUUCAAUAAGGUUGUUUUGACUCUUAACAUCUCUGCUUCAGGCGUCCAAUACGAUAGAUUAGCCAAUUUAUUUGUUGAUGGAGUGGAAAUAUGGAGAACCUCUACCUUGGAACCAGGCAACAGAGAUGCUUACUCCACUAUUAAGAAGGAUGUUUCUAAGUUUGCAACUUUGUUUGCACAAGAACACUCUAUUGUCGUGUUUGAAUUAGAUAACUUGCUCACUGAAAGGCUUACUGGUGAAUUUACUGUUGAAUUGGUAGCUGAAUUCUUCAAUGGUACCGAAUCUGUAUCUGAUGAUAUCUUUGACAUCUCCAACAGAGCUGCCGAUUCCGUCACUGCCUUGACUGGUGCUGGUAAGAAGAAGGCUGCAUUGAAGUAUUUGACAGACGGUAAGGCUGCUCUUGAGUUACCUACUGUUAACCCUAACACCACCAGAGCCAUUCUCUCCAUCUAUACCAGUGGUAACGCGGAUGAAGAAUUCUGGUACACCAAUGUUUUGGACCAAUUCACCAGCAUUUUCAAGUUUUCUUCUGGUAUUGAGUUCACAGGCCAUGGACCUUUGAGAGUUAUCAAUGCUUAUGUCAACGGAGCAAAGUUUGCAACUCAAGCCCCUGAGCCAAUUGUGUUCACUGGAGGUAUUUCCCCCGCUUUAUGGCUGAAGGUUGUUGCUAACGAUGCCUUUGAUUUGCCAACCAUUGACAUUGAUGUUACUGGUUUGUUGCCUUUAUUGUGGGAAGGCGAUGCCGUUACCAUUGAACUUGAAGUAUCUAAUGCCAUUGGUGAAUUGGGUAAGAUUGGUGUUGUAAGUGGUGUUGGUCUGAACUGGAUUACGUCUGCUAGUCUUUUGACUUAUGAGAGUACCGGUAUAGUUGCUGCUUCUGGUGUUGUUGCUGUUGGAUUAGAAGGGAAGAAGGGUUCAGUGUUUGGUAUUGCUCCUCCAUUCUCUGGUACCUUGCAACAAAUAGCCACUGCUGAUUUGAACACCACCUUGAGUGCAAACUUGACGUAUAUUUUGGAAGACAACUCCACAAGUGUAUAUGGUGUUAAAUACAACACUACUGCCGGUGGUACCAACUUGCAACACUACAGCAAGUUUGGUGCUGACCAGAGUCUAACCCACAUUGGUAAGACUAGUGCUUCGUUGAUCAUCAGUAACUUGACUGUGGGGGGUGAGAAUGUGGUUGUUUCUGAAUACUCCUACAACAAGUCAUAUCCAUUGAUCAUGAGCUCUAAACAAACCGAGGAUCCAUUGAAGUACCCUGAAGAUACCUUUUACCAAUACAACUUGACAUUGGCUAAAAAGGAAGAAGUCGCCCUCAAUGGUGUCACCAUCUCCAACUUGAAGGUUCAGCAGAACGGUACUUCUGAAUUCUACAUUGGCCAUGAAUUGGGUAACUUCCAUAACGGUACCGGUUCUUUGACUACGAAGUACUCCUUGAAACAAGGUGAUCUCGUCAACUACAUGAGAUCAGUCGAGACUGUCAAUGGUACGAUUGUUUCUGAUUCUGCGAUAUUUAUUCCUGGGCACGAUGUGUUUGCUGAGGUUGAGCGUCUGCUUAAACAAUUGUAA